CGAUCUAUGCAUUAUAAUCCGUAUUACAGCAUGUUUGAUAAAAUAAGAUUAUACGGAGACUAUCUCGUCAGCGCUGUGAACGGUCCUCAUUUUCGAAUGACUGCAGCAUUUAUCCAAAACAUUGGACACUUAUCAUUUAGUCGGUUACAAACGUUGACAAAGCAAAGAUGUCCACCGAAAAGAAAGUGUCCAAUUCCAGGAUCGGAACGCAGCUCUUUGUCGGGGUGCUUGCCAAUUUGUCUAUUCUGGUCGCUGGAACAGGAUUUGGUUGGUCAUCGCCAUCGCUUCCAAAAAUUGUUAAUGACGAAAAUGAAUUUCCUGUAACACCUGGUCAAAGUUCCUGGAUAGCUAGUGCUUUGGUUAUAGGUGCAGUGUUCGGACCGAUAGUCAGUCUAAUUAUGGUUGAUCGUGUUGGAAGAAAAUCGACUCUCCUCGCCACAGCAUUUCCUAAUUUAAUCUGCUGGAUUCUUAUAUAUUUUGCACAGUCCUAUAAAUGGUUGAUGAUUGGUAGAUUGAUCACGGGAAUUGGCGUUGGUAUGACUUAUACGACGAUUCCGCUAUACGUAGGUGAAAUCGCCCAGGUCAGUGUCAGAGGAGCUCUUGGUACCAUAUUCAACAUCUGCUUUAAUGUAGGAACUCUCAUAUGCUAUUCAAUUGGCCCAUUCGUAACGCGACAGACCUUGGCUCUCAUUUGUAUGACUUUUCCAAUACUAUUCUUCAUCUCCUUCUUCUGGAUGCCGGAAACGCCUUACUUUUAUCUGAUGCAUAAACGUGGCGAAUCCGCUGAGAAAUCAUUGAUUUGGCUACGUGGUAAUAAGGAUGUCAAAGACGAACUUCAAGAAAUGGCCGACCUAGUGGAAAUCGAACAACGUAACAGUGGCAGACUGAUAGAUCUUGUGAUUGUUAAAGGAAAUAGAAAAGCUACCAUUAUAGUGUUGGGAAUUCUUUCUGCUCAACAAUUUUCUGGCAUCGGUGCAAUCCAAGCAUAUGGAAGUAUUAUCUUUAAUCAAAGUGAUGUGCAGUUGAAUUCGGAUAUUGUAGUGAUUAUUAUGGGUAUAGUUACAUUGGUAUCAUCUGGUAUUACCACUCUUGUUGUAGAUAGAUUUGGCAGGAAACCAUUGAUGAUUGUUUCGACAUUCGGAUGUUCCCUUUGUUUAUUAUUUAUAGCCAUUUAUUUCCAUUUAAAAUAUUGUGCUGUUGACGUUUCCGUUAUACUAUGGCUCCCAGUGGUAACAAUGAUUUUAUUCUUUAUAUUCUAUUCAUUUGGAAAUGGUCCUCUACCGUACGCCAUACUUGGCGAAAUUUAUCCUACUAAUGUCAAGGCUUGGGCUACUAUGUUAAUUUCUAUAUAUGGUUCUAUUACUGGUGCUAUCGUUACUAAAAUUUAUCAAGUCGUCGCCGAUGGAUGGGGUGAACACGCGAUUUUUUAUACCUUUGCUGUUGCUGAAAUUAUAUUCUUGUUUUUUGUCAUAUUUGUCAUGUUUGAGACUAAAGGUAAAUCGUUUAGAGAAAUCCAGGAGCACCUCGGUGAAACCAAGUUGUCCAAUAAUAAGUCUUAAGUUUGUCAUUGUGCGUUCUGAUAGUUAGUACUAAUAUUAAAUGUCAAUAACAAGUGUCAAGAAAAUUCCAAUAUAUGAGCUUUAGUUUAUGAUAAUCUUAAUUAUUGUCAUAACUUAUGCUUAGAUCAUUACCUCAUAAUCAAGAUAUCAUUUAUUAUCAAGAUGACAAUAACUGAAUCUUAAUUUGUAUUGUAUACAUGGAUAUUAAUUAUAUACUAUAUAUUUUAAACAUGCACAGUUUUUCGGCCACUACUCCUAUGCAAUGUGUUUUUUUUUAAACUUGGUGUACUUUGAGAAAUGUCCUCAAUGUUUUCUGUAUCUAAUGGCUAUCGUGAGAAUCAUUUCGCAACAUUUUUUUGAUGCUAAACGCUUGGAGUUGUGACACGCUUGCUUAAUGUUUCGUUUCUUUAGUUUCGAUUGGAACUCCUAUCGAACCUAACUAAUCUAUCGAAAGAAUUCUCGUGAACAUCGUCUCUCUUCACAAUGAGGUUUCAAUGAAAUAUAUGUCAACAGAUAUACUGGAUAUGAUUUUAAUAUUUAUCAACAGUUCAUUAGAUAUAUAAAUACACGAAAAAUGUUUUUCGCUUAGGGAGUUUAUUAUAGAUUUGAUCAUUUUUAGCAUAUGAGGUUUAAUAAGGGACCAUAUUGAAUAGAAAACAAUGCCCCACAAAUUUUUAUUGAAAGUUUUGACUGAAAAUAAUCACGCUAAUUAUACCAAUCAGAGUUUCAGGAUUCAAGAGUAGAAAUCGAUACCCUAAUUUUAAAAUGUAAUUCACCAAAUUUUCGAAAUUGAGAUUUUUUCAAAAAUCAAAUAAUUGUAACUCAUCUAAACUAAUUUAACACGUUUCGUGCCGGACCGAUCUUAUGUUAAGACACUUUCGGUUCAGGCCGUGUGGGACGUAUACGCCCCAUGCUUUAAGAUUACAUUGUUUUGGUUCUGGCGUAUGCCUUACAAUUAUUAAAAUUGUAUAAAGAUUAAAAUUAUCAAGAACAAGGUGUAGAGUUUAAGAUGUAUAAGACAGCAAAGCAAUCAAUUUAUUUUUCUAAGAAUUUUGUUGACAAACACGUGGCUGAACAUUACUCUUCCAGGCGAGUCGCAUUCUCCUACAUAAUAUUUUUAAUA